UGGAUUUCUCUCCAGCAAUGGCAAAUUUAUAACAACCCAGAUGAAGGAAACAGAAUGAAACUUUUCUCUUUACCAAACUUAAACAUCAAAUCCUCUCGUUUACUUAUCUCAAAAACCCAUCUAAAACCCAGAACCGUAACGUCAACACCAACCUACAGACAGAUUGAAUCAAAUUUUGCUUCUUUAAAUUCCAUCUAUUCAGAUCCUUUUUUUCCUCUUCUGGGCUUCUGCAAAACCAUCUCUUCACUCAAAAAAAUCCAUGCCCUCGUGAUAACUUACGGCCAAACCAAUAAUAUUUUGGUUAAAACCAAAUUACUUGGUUUAUAUGGCUUAUUUGGGCAGGUGACAACCGCCCGUGUACUGUUCGAUGAUAUUCCCAACCCGGAUCUUUCUUCCUGUAAAGUGAUGAUUAGAUGGUACUUUAUGAAUGAUAAGUAUGCGGAUGUUAUUGGGUUCUUUAAUUGUUUUAGGAAAACUGUAAAUAUAUUUGACAAUGUUGUGUUCUCGAUAGUGUUGAAGGCGUGUAGUGGACUGCACGAUUUUGUUGAAGGCAGGAAAGUGCAUUGUCAUAUAGUUAAGGUUGGUAAUGCUGAUAGCUUUGUUCUAACUGGACUCGUGGAUAUGUAUGCUAAGUGUGGGGAGGUUGAAUCUUCAUGUGAAGUGUUUGAGGGGAUUGCCCAGAGGAAUGUAGUUUGCUGGACCUCGAUGAUUGUUGGGUACAUGCAGAAUGGUUGUGCUGAAGAAGCGCUCGUUUUGUUUAAUAGGAUGAGAGAUGGAGCAGUUGAAGGCAAUGAGUACACUUUGGGGAGUAUAGUGACUGCAUGUGCUAAAUUGGCGGCUUUGCAUCAGGGGAAAUGGAUUCAUGGAUAUAUCAUCAAGAAGCAGGGAGAAUUUAACUCCUACUUGGUUUCCGCUCUUGUGGAUAUGUAUGUAAAGUGCGGGGAUUUGACCGAUGCUCGUUCAAUUUUAUUUGAGUUCUCCGAAGCGGAUCUUGUGUCAUGGACAGCAAUGAUUGUUGGGUAUACACAGAAUGGCUACCCAGAUGAGGCAUUAGAUUUAUUUGUACACAAGAAAUGGGAAGCUGUUUUGCCCAAUUCAGUUACUGUUUCAAGUGUGGUUUCUGCAUGUGCUCAAUUGGAUAAUUUGAACUUGGGUACAUCAAUUCAUGGGCUUGGUAUUAAACUUAGAUUAGAUGAUGCUGCUGUGAUAAAUGCUCUGGUACAUAUGUAUGGAAAGUGUGGUAUGAAGAGAGAUGCCCGUUAUCUAUUUGAGAAUGUUUCACAUAAGGAUGUGAUUGCUUGGAAUUCAAUUAUAUCUGGAUAUUCUUCGAAUGAUUCUGCACAUGAUGCAAUUGCAUUAUUUCACCAAAUGAGAUCAGAAUGUUUGCAGCCAGAUGCAACUACAAUGGUGUCUGUGCUCACAGCUUGUGCAUCCCAUGGAGCUCUGAUAAUUGGUUCUUCCCUUCAUGCUUACUGUAUCAAAGGAGGACUCUUGUCAUCUACCUAUAUUGGCACUGCACUCCUAAAUUUUUAUGCUAAAUGUGGCGAUGCAAAAUCUGCACGUGCAAUUUUUGACAGGAUGGUAGAAAAGAGCAGAGUUACAUGGAGCGCGAUGAUCGGUGGUUAUGGAAUGCAGGGCGACUUCAACAAUUCGUUGGCAAUUUUGAAUGAUAUGAUGGGAGAAAAUCUGGAACCAAAUGACAUAAUAUUCACAGCAAUAUUGUCAGCUUGCAGCCAUACUGGGAUGAUACUUGAAGGGUGGAGCUUUUUUGCUAAUAUGUGUGAGAAUUAUAAGUUUGUUCCCACAAUUAAGCAUUAUGCAUGCAUGAUUGACCUGUUGGCUCGUGCAGGCAGGCUUGAGGAAGCCUUUGAUUUCAUGAACAAAAUGCCUAUUCAACCUGAUGUUUCUCUGUUUGGAGCUUUUCUCAAUGGAUGUAGUAUUUACUCUAGGUUUGAUCUGGGGGAGUUGGCAGUAAGGAGAAUGCUAGAGUUGCAUCCUCGUGAUGCUUGCUACUAUGUACUUAUGGCCAAUCUGUAUGCUUCUGAUGGGAGGUGGAAUCAGGCUCAUCAGAUGAGAAACAUGAUGAGGAUAAAGGGUGUGAAGAAAUCCCCUGGGUUUAGCAACUUCAAUGUGAAUUUUGAUAGUGACUUCUAUACUCCGCAGGUGGCAUCUCUUCCUUAGUUGCAGAUUUGAAGGAACAUUAAUAGUAUUCCCGGAACCCCCAGAUAAAUGACAUUCUUUUUCUUUGAGUAUUACCUAGAAUGGUACAGUUUGUGGUGAAAGACUACAUGAGAGUCUCUUGGUACAGCUUCAUCUGAGUCCUUCAAGAUGGCAAAGCACUUGAUUUGAGUGAAGGGUUUAGACAAAUAUACGCUGCGACUUUGAAGUACAAAAGAUUUCAGGAUAACGAUUUGCUGACUUAGUCUUCUGCAGGCAUCUAUGGAGCGGAAGUCAAUUUCCUAGGGAAUGAUAUUCAGUGAGCAGGCAGAAACUAGAAAGAGAUGACAGGUCCAACUUUACAGACUCCGUUUGAAUUGGAUGGCCAAAACUCUCGGGGUUUGCUCUCAAGCCUUGAAAGUACCUGAAAUUAUGCAGGAUCUAAUGUGAACAUAGUUGGGAUAAAUCUUCAUCAUUGUUCGAAUUUGGGAACAUUUAGCAGAAAUUUUGGCAUGAAACAAACUCGCAUGUAUUGAAAAGUACUUGUACAAUGUGAUGAAUGUACAUCACUCAUUUUGAUAA